UCCCAGUAGAUCAGCAGUUUCUGAAAUAGUCAGACCAGUCUGACCGUCUGGCACCAACAACCAUGCCACGUUCAAAGUCACUUAAAUCCCCUUUUUGAUGCUCAGUUUAAACUUCAGCAACCAAGUCUACAUGCCUAAAUGCAUUAAGUUUCUGCCAUGUGUCAGGACCUUGGAUUUGAGUGUGGUGUUUUUCUGUUAUUUUGUUAAAUGUCCAUUUCUGUUUUACACAUUGCCUCUGUGUUCUUGUUUAAGUUUUGUUAGUUAAUCAUUGCUUCCUUGUUUUUUUUGUUGUAUUUAGAUAUAUGUAGCUUUGUGUAUUGUAUGUAGCUUUACUUCCUGUUUUAUUUUGUAAUUUUGGUGAUUGGUGUUUUUGCCUAGCUUUGUUUCCUGUCUACUUUGAUUCUUAAUAUGUCUCACCUGUGUUUAAUUGCCCUGCCUGCUUGUCUGUGUAUUGUGCCCGUGUAUAUAUUAGCCUCAGUUGUAUUCAAUUAUCUUUGUAUGUUGAGUGUUCCACCUUGUGCUCUGUUAUCUGGAUUAUUGGUUGGAAUUAACCCGUGUCUGGGCUCUGUAUUUUGCCUUUGUUGGACUUUACUCCUGAGUUUGGACUACCUUGCCUUUUGUUUGAUCAUCUAACACUGUCGAAACUCACAAACCGCCUCUCCGAAAGAAAAGCACGCCUCGGCCCUUUGACCUCUGUAAAGGCUGCAGGGAAGUCAUUAACAAAGUAAAAGGGAUUUACUCUCACACCUGGAAGAAGCAGGAGCACAAUUACACAAAAUUCAGAUACCAGACGAAUAAUGGCAGGCAGUGCGAUUUAUUGGAGAGAAAGACAACCUCCACAAGCAUGUGCUACAGUUGGAGCAUCCUUUCCCAAAAAAGACAUGGGAUACGUGUGCUGUUGUCGGGAACGGAGGGAUCCUGACUGACUGCGGCUGUGGAAAAAUGAUCGAUUCAGCUCAGUUUGUUAUCAGGUGCAACCUUCCUCCUUUGAAAAACAGCUAUGAGAAACAUGUGGGCAUCAAGACUGACCUUGUGACAGCAAACCCAAGCAUACUCCUAGAGAAGUAUGGGGCUCUAAAUGGGCGUCGACGUCCAUUUGUGGAGAGUCUGCGUAGCUACGGCAACUCCCUGCUGCUCCUUCCCGCCUUCUCCUUCAGCCUCAACACACCUGUGUGCCUACGUGCUGUCUACACCAUUGAGGAUUUUGAAAGCCCCAUCAGGCCUGUCUUCUUUAACCCUGACUACCUCCAGAAUCUGGACCUCUUCUGGCGCUCCCAAGGUCUGCGAGCAGUGCGGCUCACCACCGGCAUAAUGAUGACCAGCCUUGCGCUGGAACUCUGUGACAAUGUACAUCUGUACGGGUUCUGGCCCUUCAGUAAUCACCCACAUAAACUAUAUGCCCUGACUAACCACUACUACGAUGACAAACGAGCAGCUAAAACGGAAUUCCACGCCAUGCCGGCUGAGUUUGACCUCUUGUUGCGGCUGCACAGUCAGGGGGUGCUCAAGCUUCACCUGGGAGAUUGUCAAACAGGUGAAAAGUAGUUCCCAGACCCAGGGGCAGCUAACAGUACAGGAGCAAAGUUUCUUCUUAGUAGCCUCACAAUGAAGCCAGUCUCUUUCAGAUACUUUUGAAUGAACAGAUCUGUUUUGGCUGAUGGCACAGAUUAAGUGUGUGCAAGCAAGGCAGAUGCCUAGACUUAUAGUGAAUGUGGAGUUGGCCCAUCAGCAACCAAGACAUUUGCACUGAAAUCAAAAUGGAAUAAUCAUAAGAUUGUAAACAUUCUGUAAAAUUCUGCUGAGCCAUGGCCUCCUUAUUAUGUUGAUGUAUUAUUUGGGCUGAUUUUUAUUUGUGUUGGUUUUCAGACAGCUUGUAUAUUUAUUACACUGAUUAUAUUUGAAACUCUGGUUAUUGCUGUGUUUUUAUGUGCGUGCAGUGUGGUGGUUACUUCCAAAUGAGUGGGUUCAUGUGGGUUUUGAGCGCUGUGUCAUUUAUCCAUGUGGAGGAUUGUACUGAGUAAAAGUAGGCUACUCAUUAACAGUGUCUGACGAGGCUCCGGCUGGCACCCCAAAACAUAGAGUUAAUAAAUGUAUUAAUCAAAGGAUAUAAAAAGAAACCAGAAUUUCACUAACUCACUGAUGUGCUCCUUCCUUUGACAAGAGUCACCCUCUAGUGGCCCCAGCUGGCUCCAACUGCAAAGCAUCACCAGCUGCCUGUUAUCCAUUUAUACUUCAUUUUGUUUGCUGCUCCAAAAAACAGUAAAUACUUUAGGUGAAUAACUUUACUCACUGGGGAAGAAUUUAAUGAGGACUGAUUGGCCUCCAUGUGUAGAGACUGACACUGACUGGGAAACUCUCAGUAAAUCAGCUGUGGCUUAUAGAGAUUAGGGCAGCAUCAGUGGAGCCAAUGUCAAUCACUGCUCUGUGGAGAAACUGACUCGCGUACAUUAGUUGAUUUAGGAUCUGCUGCUGGCUGACUUGUUGAACAAACAUGUGGAGCCCAGUGGUGAACAAACCAAUCACAAAGAAUCUACUUGUAGACAGAGUUUAUGUGAAUGAAGCCACCUCACAAUAUACAGUCUCACAGCCUUCACAUGGGUGAUGGUUUCUAGAGUUAGUUCAGUGAGAAACAGUCGGAUAUUUCAGACGAGAUAUAUUCAAUCAAGAACAUAAUAUAGCAGAUUUCCAGAUUUGAUCCCCUCCCAAUUUUAUCAUUAUAGAACCUAAGCAAACUGAUGCUUUGGAAAGCUACUGUGGGCCAAGCUUGGAGUGGUUUCGAAUAAUUUGGCAAUUUAAGUCCUUUCCAGUGAUUCCAUCAACCCCUUUGUCUCUGCAUAUAGCUGUUCAGCAGAUCUCAGAACACUGUUGGAAAAGGAGGUAACACUGUUUAUUAAAAAUACAGCCCAGAGGGUUGCUACAUAGGAUAAGAUAAAACAAG